AUGAGCUACUCAAACCAGCCGAACCAAUGGGUUCCCGACCUCGUCCACAACUCUAAACUGACCAUCCAUUCCCGCGCCGACGGUGUGACCAAGCACACCGUCCGCGACUCGAACCAGCCCCAUCGCCGGCGGUCGGCCCGUCGAGAGGAGACGUGGCAUCAACAGCGGCAGCUUGGCAGUGGCAGCUUCGGAUGCGUCUGGCUAGAGAAGUGUAUCUCUGGGCCCCGGAUAGGCAAGCUCCGGGCCGUCAAGGAGAUGCGCAAGGAUACCUCGCUGCCGGUACCGUACAUGCGAGAGCUUGAGGCAAUGGCCAUAUUUCGGAACGAUGAGUAUGUCGAUUGCUUCGUUGAGUUCUAUGGCUGGUUCGAGUACGAGAAUAUGGUCUUCAUCGCAAUGGAGUAUAUUGAGCACGGAGACCUCCAAAACUACAUGAGCCAGCCCUUUUCUGAGGCCCAUGCAAAGGUCAUUUGCUCCCAACUGGUCGAGGGCCUUGGAUACAUGCACAAAAAGGGCUUUGCUCACCGCGAUCUCAAACCGAAGAACAUCCUCGUCUACCGACCCGAGCCCGACUGGUGGGUCAAGAUCGGCGACCUUGGCAUCGCCAAGCGUACUAAGCAAGACGGCACGGCUCUCCAUACCAAGAUCUACACGAGAAGCUAUGCGGCUCCCGAAGUCAGGGUGCUUCCUCGUAACCAGAGCUCGUCAUCGACCGAUGAGGCCUUCUCCUACACCUUCGCUGUCGACAUGUGGGCGCUCGGCGAGCUGCUGUUCCGUAUGAUGGCCCAGUGCGCCGUCUUCCCUAACGAUGUGGACCUUUUCAACUACUACGCCUCGGACCAACCACCGUUCCCCUUAGCGCCGCUAAAAGACAUUGGAGUGAGUCAGGACUGCUGCAGCUUCGUCACUAAAUGCAUGGCAGCCAAACCCGAGGAUCGUCUCACGGCCUCCGACGCCGCUGUGCACCCUUGGGUGCAAAUCUCGCGGCUGUCAUCACGAUCCAGCAGCCAUAGCUCAUUGAGGAGGGCGCCCGAAGAACCACCGUCCAUUGCCGACGGGGACCCGGGGCGGACCAUGACACCACAUCCGCAGGUGGUCUGUCAUUUCGAGGCAACAGCUCAGUGGACAACCGAUCCCCAGGAACCUCGACAGGUCCGGGAUCUCCAGAUUAUGCGGCCGAUUUCAAGCGCCAUCAUCUCCGGCGAUCCUUCCAAUGUAUCUCAACAUAGCCCAGCAGCGAGUUCCGUUGAAACAACCACCCUGAUGGACGGUCAGGUCCAUGCAAGUCUAUUGCAGGCAGCAGAAAAAGAGCACGAGAGCGUGGCUAAGCCACGCCCUGAGGACGGGGCUGAGAUCACGAUUCCGGACAAUGAUACCCAACGACGGGACACUCUCGUUAAACUAGACGCGCUCCCCCCCGGGCGGGAUUCCACUUACGAGCGAAUAAUGGAACGCAUUGAUGGCUCGAAACAUGCAGUUCUCUGCAGGGAAGUCCUGGCCAUUGUCUCAGUCGUCUACCGCCCGAUUGCCUUGAAUGAGCUGAAGGUUCUGGUUCAGUCACCUGGGAGCUUUACCGAUGACCACUUGAAAGAAGUCGUCAGGUCUUGCAGCUCGUUCUUGACUCUUCGAGAAGGCGUCGUUUGCUUCGUGCGUCAAUCGGCGAAAGAUUUCCUCCUUAACAAAGCAUCCGGCCACAUCAUGCCUUUUGGCAUCGCGCACCAGCACCAUGCCCUCUUCUCGAGGUCGCUAGCGGCCCUGUUAAAAACCCUCCGGCGCGACAUUUACAGCCUAAGCACUCCGGGAUUUCCCAUCGAUCGGGUUUCGCCGCCCGACACCGACCCAUUGUCUUCGAUUCGAUAUUCAUGCGUCUAUUGGGUCGACCAUCUCCACGACUCAGAUUCCACAGAGGUCGACAAUGUUCUACAGGAUAACGGCAACGUCCAUGGAUUCAUCCAGGAGAACUUUCUGUAUUGGCUGGAAUGUCUUGGUCUCCUACGGAGCAUGUCAGAGGGAGUCAAGGCGGUACACAAGCUUGAGGCUUUAGUGAAAAAUGCGGAAGCGCAGCAACUUACAAAACUGCUUCGAGACGCGCGUCGUUUCAUUCUUUCUAACAGACGGCCAAUCGAGAUUGCUCCAUUGCAGGCCUAUGCGUCCGCGCUCGUGUUCAGUCCCGAACACAGUCUCAUUAGAGAGCUCUUCAAGGUGGAGGAGCCGGAUUGGAUGAUAUUGAAGCCAAGAAUGGAGGCAGAUUGGAACGCUUGCGAGCAGACGCUCAAGGGCCAUGGCGGCUCGGUGUCAUCGGUGGCCUUCUCGGCGGACGGCCGGCGUCUCGCGUCGGGCUCAGACGACCGGACGGUUAGGAUCUGGGACGCGGCGACAGGCGCGUGCGUGCAGACGCUUGAGGGCCAUGGCGACUGGGUGACGUCGGUGGCCUUCUCGGCGGACGGCCGGCGUCUCGCGUCGGGCUCGUGGGAUCAGACGGUCAGGAUCUGGGACGCGGCGACAGGCGCGUGCGUGCAGGCGCUUAAGGGCCAUGGCGGCUCGGUGACGUCGGUGGCCUUCUCGGCGGACGGCCAGUAUCUCGCGUCGGGCUCAUGGGAUCAGACGGUCAAGAUCUGGGACGCGGCGACAGGCGCGUACAUGCAGACGCUCGAGGGCCACGGCGGCUCGGUGUCAUCAGUGGCCUUCUCGGCGGACGGCCGGCGUCUCGCAUCGGGCUCAGAUGAUCAGACGGUUAAGAUCUGGGACGCGGCGAUAGGCGCGUGCGUGCAGACGCUCGAGGGCUAUGGCGGCUCGGUGACGUCGGUGGCCUUCUCGGCGGACGGCCGGCGUCUCGCGUCGGGCUCGCGGGAUAAGACGGUCAGGAUCUGGGACGCGGCGACAGGCGCGUGCGUGCAGACGCUCGAGGGCCAUGGCGGCUGGGUGACGUCGGUGGCCUUCUCGGCAGACGGCCGGCGUCUCGCAUCAGGCUUAUAUAACCGGACGGUUAGGAUCUUAGAUGCGGCGACAGGCGCGUGCGUGCAGACGCUUGAGGGCCAUGGCGGCUCGGUGACGUCGGUGGCCUUCUCGGCGGACGGCCGGCGUCUCGCGUCGGGCUCGCGGGAUCAGAUGGUUAAGAUCUGGGACGCGGCGAUAGGCGCGUGCGUGCAGACGCUCGAGGGCUAUGGCGGCUUAAUAUCAUCAGUGGCCUUCUCGGCGGACGGCCGGCGUCUCGCGUCGGGCUCGCAGGACCAGACGGUCAGGAUCUGGGAUGCGGCGACAGGCGCGUGCGUGCAGACGCUUGAGGGCCAUGGCGACUGGGUGACGUCGGUGGCCUUCUCGGCGGACGGCCGGCGUCUCGCGUCGGGCUCGUGGGAUCAGACGGUCAGGAUCUGGGACGCGGCGACAGGCGCGUGCGUGCAGGCGCUCGAGGGCCAUGGCGGCUGGGUGACGUCGGUGGCCUUCUCGGCGGACGGCCGGCGUCUCGCGUCAGGCUCGUGGGAUCAGACGGUUAAGAUCUGGGACGCGGCGAUAGGCGCAUGUAUGCAGACGCUUAAGGGCCAUGGCGGCUCGGUGACGUCGGUGGCCUUCUCGGCGGACGGCCAGUAUCUCGCGUCGGGCUCAUGGGAUCAGACGGUCAAGAUCUGGGACGCGGCGACAGGCGCGUACAUGCAGACGCUCGAGGGCCACGGCGGCUCGGUGUCAUCAGUGGCCUUCUCGGCGGACGGCCGGCGUCUCGCAUCGGGCUCAGAUGAUCAGACGGUUAAGAUCUGGGACGCGGCGACAGGCGCGUGCGUGCAGACGCUCGAGGGCUAUGGCGGCUCGGUAUCAUCGGUGGCCUUCUCGGCAGACGGCCGGCGUCUCGCAUCAGGCUCAUAUAACCGGACGGUUAGGAUCUGGGAUGCGGCGACAGGCGCGUGCGUGCAGACGCUUGAGGGCCAUGGCGGCUCGGUGACGUCGGUGGCCUUCUCGGCGGACGGCCGGCGUCUCGCGUCGGGCUCGUGGGAUCAGACGGUCAGGAUCUGGGACGCGGCAACAGGCGCGUGCGUGCAGGCGCUUAAGGGCUAUAGCGGCUGGGUGACGUCGGUGGCCUUCUCGGCAGACGGCGAGCAUCUCGCAUCAGGCUUAUAUAACCGGACGGUUAGGAUCUGGGAUGCAGCGAUAGGCGCGUGCGUGCAGACGCUUGAGGGCCAUGGCGGCUCGGUGACGUCGGUGGCCUUCUCGGCGGACGGCCAGCGUCUCGCAUCGGGCUCGCGGGAUAAGACGGUCAGGAUCUGGGACGCGGCGACAGGCGCGUGCAUGCAGACGCUUAAGGGCCAUGGCUGGGUGUUCUCGGCUGACGGCUGGGUGACGUCGGUGGCCUUCUCGGCGGACGGCCGGCGUCUCGCGUCGGGCUCGCGGGAUCAGACGGUCAGGAUCUGGGAUGCGGCGAUAGGCGCGUGCGUGCAGACGCUCGAGGGCCAUGGCGGCUGGGUGACGUCGGUGGCCUUCUCGGCGGACGGCCGGCGUCUCGCGUCGGGCUCGCGGGAUCAGACGGUCAGGAUCUGGGACGCGGCGACAGGCGCGUGCAUGCAGACGCUCGAGGGCCAUGGCGGCUCGGUGACGUCGGUGGCCUUCUCGGCGGACGGCCGGCGUCUCGCGUCGGGCUCGGACGAUCAGACGGUCAGGAUCUGGGACGCGGCGACAGGCGCGUGCGUGCAGACACUCAACGUCGGGAGACUAUUAUAUCGCCUUUCAUUCGAUCCAACAACUAACUCUCGCCUCUCUACUGACAUUGGACUUCUGAACUUGGAACUACCGAAUCAAACGCCUGCUAUUGACGCCCAGUCCACUGAGGAGACCAUCUUACAAUGUGCUAGCCACUCCGGUUACGGUAUAAGCACCGACGGGGUAUGGGUCGUGAAGGAUGAAAUGAAUAUGCUUUGGCUACCUUCGGAGUAUCGCCCGGUGGAAUCGGCUGUGGUUGGAUCAAUGGUCGCUUUCAGCUGUGCUUCAGGUCGUGUACUGGCAAUGAAGUUCUCUUGA